AGGGUUAUGUAUUGAUUGUGACCUUUAAAUUUUGACUGCAUAUGAUUGGAAGCUUUGAAAAGGUGAAUUGAUUUUUAGUGUCUGGUAUAUGUCACUUGGUUUGUAUGAGAGCUUUGGCAUGAACUCAUUUUCUGGUCACCAUGGAUUAUGCAUGGAUUCAUUGUGACAAACCUUCCUCAUUCAAAAACAAAGACUCCCUGCUGGAUCCGAAAUAUUGAUUCCAUUUUAUGAGGUUUUAUUGCAGCUAAACCUCUGCCAUUGGGCAGUGGCACAGGACUUAAAGGGCCAAGGUCACAGCUCCGGACUUUCCAGUCCCAGAGUAGUCCUGUUUACAAAAUCCAGUCCGAGUCUACCAAUGGCAUGAGGGGAGUCCGAAACAACAGAGUGAAAGAGAGGAGAGGAAUAUUCACCAUUGGAGGAAACAAUGACAGAACCAGGGUGAAGUCUCUGGAAGAUGUUGCCAUGGCGAUAAAGAAUGAGGCAUUCCAAAACAUUGUGGUGGUGGCAGGAGCUGGGAUCAGCACCCCUAGUGGUAUUCCAGACUUCAGGACUCCGGGAACUGGUCUCUAUGACAACCUUCAGCAAUACAGAAUUCCUUACCCAGAGGCCAUCUUUGACAUAGACUUCUUCCAUUAUAAUCCCAAACCUUUCUUCACUCUUGCCAAAGAAUUAUAUCCCACUGGGAAAUACAGACCAAAUUUCAUACACUAUUUCGUUCGUCUUUUGCACGACAAGGGGAUGUUACUCCGCAUGUACACACAGAAUAUUGAUGGCCUCGAGAGAAUUGCUGGCUUGCCUGCAGAAAAGAUGGUGGAAGCCCAUGGUACAUUUUCUGAUGCCACUUGUCUUGUGUGUCGACUGAAACAUGAUAAAGAGGAUAUUAAAGGAGCAGUAUUUUCAGAUAAAAUUCCAAAGUGCAAGAAACCAGGAUGCAUGGGAGUUGUCAAACCAGAUAUAACAUUUUUCGGUGAGGACUUACCAAAGAGGUUUUAUUUUUACAUGAGAGACAUGUUGCAGACUGAUCUAGUCAUUGUCAUGGGAACAUCAUUAGAGGUACAACCCUUUGCGGGAAUCAUUGACUCUGUGAAGUGGGGAGUGCCUCGGAUGUUGUUCAACAUGCAUGCUGUAGGGCCAUUCAAAUAUCAGCGACGUGCACAGGACUUCAUCUCACCAGGUGACCUCAUCAAUAGUGUUCAGAAGUUCACAGACCUGGUGGGCUGGAAGGACGAUAUGGUGGAAUUAAUUACCAAAGAGGAGGGGAAAUUUGUGCUAUGCUCACCAGACUACGCAAAGAAAAUGAAAGAAAUGCAGAGCAGACCACAACCUCCACCCCCAAGAGAUCCACCAGUGAGACUGUGGAGACAGCCUGCAAAAUUUGACUUAUACAGCUCAGAUUCUGAGAGCUCAUCAGAAGUUUCAGAAACUGAAUCAGAUUCCUCUGAUGAAGAAAAACCUAAAAAUGUUCGUAAUAUUAGCAACUACAGAAAAGGAUUAGGUGUGACAAAGAGUGCCCCAAAAGGGGGCAGCAAAAAUGAUCUAGACAUGAAAAGAAACAGCAAACCAGUAGUGAAUGGAAAGAGGAACUUUAGCUCAGACUCGCAGCUUACAACCAGGUCUGAACGACCUGCUGGGAACAAUCGCAAUCAUGCAACAGCUACCAAGGUCACCAAUGAAAUGAACCAAUUACCGUCUCGUUUCGACAGAGUCAGUGUACGCCCCAAAUCCAAUACCCCUGACUCCUCCAAGGGGAAACCACCAAGUAAUAAGCCGAUACGUAGGACUGUUUCUGAUAGGAAUAUAAAAUGUAAGGUACCUGGUGCUAGCCGCCCUCCUCUACAGAGAUCAAACUCGGCAAAAACUGUGAACGAGAAAGAAUCCAGUAAAACAGAUUCAAAAGUGACAGAGAUUAAGAAAUCGUCCAGUGAUUCUAAAUGUGAUAGCAUUGCUCAACCUGCUGAUUCGACGGUGCUAAAGAAUAGGAAAAUGUCUAAUGGUAACCACUCUCUCUCUUCUAACAGGGUAAGAAACGGCCCCAACUCUAGUCAACAGAAACAGGAAAAUUCUGAAGUCAAACUAAACACUGAAGAUUCACUCAGAUCACAUCCAAAACCUCCACUCCCUCAAAACCAAAGAAACAAAAAGCCCCCUUUGAAUCCAGUUAAUUCUCGACCUUAUGGUUUUUCGGCUCCGAAGAAAUUACCACACAGGCCCUCGGCUCCGGCUAAUCUUGUCAGGGAAAAAUUCUUUUAUAAGGAGCCAGAAACCAGUCGCCCAGUAUCUGCUGAGAUGCCACGCAUUGCCUACAGGCAUAGCAUGAAGCCUUCAUAUGAUGCUAGAAUCUUUGCCAUCAGAGUGAGCGAUGGAAGCUCAGAAAGUUCAGAUGAAAGUUCAAGUGACGAGUCAUGUGGAUAAGUUUAUAUAAUCACUUAAGGUAUUCCAUGUAUAAUGAAAGGAUAAUGAACAAUUUUGAAGGAUUUAGAUCAACUUAAAAGUUUAUUGUUAAAUAAUGAUGAAAGUGAAGCAGAUGAAAUUCACAUGACUGGUAAAUGAUUAGAAGCAGACCUUUUUGCACUUAAGACUUUUUGGAAGAGUUGUCUGCCCUUUGUAAAAAUAAGAAAGAUCUAAUUUUCUAAAAAUGUGUGUGGUCAAUGAUUAAUUUUAUUUCAUAUUUUCAUAAAAAGAAAGUGUAUGUAACUUUCUACCAAGAGAUUAGUAUGAAAAUGUAAUUUGUUUUUAAAAUAUUGUAAUAAAACAUGCUUUUCCCAUAUACUUCAAUGUUAAAUUCUAGGUGAAAUAAAUCAAGCAGUAAACAAAACUUUGAAAAUUCCUAUAGUGGAUUAUUUUUAUUUGAUGAACCCUUCAAAAUGAUACCAUGAUAACAAAUAUUCCACCAUCCAUUUAUUAGAUAUGAAAUAUGGUCAUUAUACAUGGAAUACCUUAAUUAGAAAUGGUAGAGAUGUAUGCCAAUAUUUUAAUGAUGUAUUUUUUUUACUAGUAUAUGAACAUUUGGUAGUGGGAAAUUGUUAUACAUGUAUUAUAUAUAUACACUAGCCUGUUGCUAGUAAAAUGUUGAUCCAGAUUUAGGCAAGCAUUUUACGUACCAAAUAGCCUUAAAGGGAUAGUAUGUUACAUAGCAGAUUUACAGCUUAUACAGAGAAAUCAUUUUAUGAAUUCUUUUCUAAGAAAAUUUAAGAUACAUUGACCAAACAGAAUGGAAUUGUUGUGAUAAAAAAUUGUCGAAUUCCACGUCAGGAUUUGGAUAGCUAUCAGCUCAGAGCUUAUGGUGAAUGUAUUUUGGGACUAGCGUAUUUUGAUAAGCGCUUUGGACUGCAGUGCUGUCAGAGAAAGUCAAUGUUAUUAAAGCAUGUAACAGAUUUAUUUUUUUUUUUAUGUCAAAUAGUAUUGCCAUUGCCUUUCAUGAUUUAGGUAUGUGUAUAGAUAUUUUUACCCUAACAUUUGAAUUUUUUAUGUAUAUUAUAGGUAGCAGUAAUUAUUUAAUGGGUAAAACAAUUUCAACAUCAAAUUUAUUGUCCACACUCCUCAAACGAAAACGAGUUCUUAAUCAAAUAUUAUCCCCUAAAUACAAGACCAGUGCAUUUUUAAGCCAAUUCAAUGCAUUAUGAUGAAAUUAAAGACGGCCUGAAUCAUCUAGCUAUUUAUUAUUGUAUGAAUUUCAUGACAAACUAAUAUAGAUAAAAAAAUUACUUUACAAUAUUUACAAAACUGACUCUCAGUAUUAGAACUCGUUAAGAAAUUUGACCUUUAAUUUAAAUUGUGUAUCUCUGCAAUAACGAUAAUGACUGGUUUUACAAUUUAUUUUCAACUUAUGACCGGAAACUGUUGAUAUUUCUGAGAUUAAUGACUUUGAUAUCAGUAAUCUUGAACAAGAAAUUACUGCAGGAGAUUUUUUUUAAAAAAAGAUGUUUUUAUAUGAAAUAAACUGUAAAGAGAAAAUUUCACUACGGAACUAUCUUUUGUUUUUCACAUGCACUUCAGUGACUUUGAAUAUUUGUAUUUAGUGCAUAUGUUGAUCUUUCACCGAUUAUACUGUUAACAGCUAGAUUCUCCAAGAUAGCCCAGGGUAAAUGAUAUUAAAAAAGCAUUCCAUGUAGUCUUUAUUUUAGCUAGAAAUUUGCCUUGAAAGUUUAAACAGAUUCUUUAAAGACUGAAGUAAUUUUGUAUAGAAAUAGGCGCUGCUUUUACGUGUUUAAUUUGUUUUGAACUGAUACGAGUUGUUUUUUUUUUGAUAGUAUUUUUAAAGAUUUUCUUUAUUAAGCUCAGAAAGAAUUUAUACGUAUAUCGUCUGCUUCCACAUUGAUGCCUUUCAUAUUUUUUUCCUUAAAAUAAGAAUUUUCAUGGAGGAUAAAGUUUUGCCUUUUUUAAAUUGAGACAUGUUGUAUCGUAUAUCUCAGUAAGUUCCCCUUGAGUUGGGAUGAAGUUGCUCUGUGGUACACAACACAUGUAUCAUACAUUGCCUUAUUCUGUUUGAUGCCCUCAGUCAGCUUACUUUUUAUAAUAGCAUUCAGAAGGCUUGUUGUAAAAUACUGAUUGUGAACUUUGGCGUCUGGAGUUAUGGUGCUUAUAUAAGCUUUGCCAUCAAAGUCAACCUAACGGUUUGAAGUCACGUUAACCACCCCUGACUUUCAUAUUCAGGAUUUUACUCUAUGAUUCUAACGUAGCAUCAGUUAGAUAGUUACCCCGAGCCAUAUCGUACACAAAUCAAUGUUAUUUUGUACAUUAUAUACUUAUAUUAUUCCCAAUCUAUACAGAGGACAUUUUGUUUAUAUAUUUACAAACUUUACUGUUGUAUAGUUUCUGUAUUUAUAUUGUCCCAUUGAUAUAGAAAAUGAAAAAGACUUAAGGCAUAAAUGUAAACUGGCAUAUUCCCCAACCCCAUUGAUUGGGGGGGGGGGGGGGGGGGGGGCAAACAGGGUAGUGAUUGAGUUUUGACAGUGACCCUGCCCUUUCCAUUCUGACUUUGGUUCAUGUUCAAUGUUGGUUUCUUUCAGCAGUUAGAAUGUACAUGGGUGUAUAAGCCUGAGUGUAUUUUCUAAUUCUUUUGUGCUGCUUUUCUACCCCUGUAAUCAGUGAUACUCCCACCUCUAAAUCCGACAUUCCUUGUAUGGCAGUGGGAUAGAAAAAACAGUAGAUCCUUCAUUUCCCCAGAAAUUUUCAACCAAAUAUCUUUUGACAUAUAUAACAAAUAACUACAUUUAUAGUCAUGAAAUUCUGUAGGUUGUGUAUUAAAAUCUGUUGUAAAUAGUAUUUAAUUUUCUUUCGAGGAGUAGAAUAUUUUAUAGGGUGGUUAAAACGAUUAUCAUUCAUGUAUCAGUCAUGUCAGCGACGUAAUGGCAGCCUCUACAUGGACACCUGAAACUUGUGAUUGUAUUUGUUAUUUUCUUGUUGAUAUAUGUACUUAAAAUAAAAUUCUACAACUUUA